UGACAACAGCAGUAGAAAAGUGUGACCUUUAGACAUGAUUUAGAUAAAGACCUCCGUGCUAAUACAUGGGCACCCUCAGCUGCAGCAACCUCGUCUGAGAAGCUGGGACAUGUACUGGCAUUUACCUCAUUGCAUAAUGACAAAGAUGAACUGAGACAAGAACUUGUGUGGGAACCACAUUCACGCCUCUCAGUCACUGUUUCCUGACCUUGAAUGUCAUGUGAUCAAGUGUCUCAUGCUCCUGACGACAUAAGUAGAGAUGCUCUGGCCACAAGGACUUCCAUACCAUGAUGGACUGUAUCCAUAAAAGAGGAUAGAAAGGAGCUGGAAUUUCCUUUGGUCUUGGAAAAUGUGACAGAGGAGUUGAGGUCAUGAAAUCAGGACACAGAGAGAGGACUCGACUUGACCUCAUGGAAUAUCAGAAAAAUGUCACUGAGUUUGUAUUUACAGGACUUUGGGGAAAUAGACAACUAGAACUGCUGUUUUUCUUUUUCUUCCUGCUCUGUUACCUGGCAGUCUUGAUGGGGAAUGUGGUCAUUUUACUCACCAUCACCUACAGCCAUCUAAUUGAACAACCCAUGUACUACUUCCUGUGCCAUCUGUCCCUCAUGGACCUGUGCUACACCUCCACUGUGGUUCCCCGCCUGAUCCGAGACUUGGCAGCAGCAAAAAAGAACAUUUCCUUUAGUGAAUGCAUGACUCAGCUUUUUACUGCUCACUGGCUGGCCGGGGUGGAAAUAUUCAUCCUGGUAUCCAUGGCUUUGGACCGAUAUGUCGCCAUUGUCAAGCCUCUGCACUACAUGGUCAUCAUGAGCAGGAAGCGGUGCAACCUGCUGAUUGCCAUGGCCUGGGCAGUGGGCUUUUGGCACUCUAUCGCUUUACUGCUCAUGGUGCUCAGUUUGCCUUUCUGUGGCCCGAAUCUGAUCAACCACUACCUGUGUGAUGUCAAGCCUCUUUUGAAACUGGUCUGCAAGGACAUUCAAGUUGUUAGUAUCUUGGUGAUUGCCAAUUCUGGGAUGGUGGUAGUUGCAAUUUUUGUUGUGCUUAUAGCUUCUUACAUACUCAUUUUGUACAAUCUCAGGUUAAGAUCCUCCUCUGGGAGACGCAAAGCUCUCUCAACUUGUAGCUCUCAUAUAAUGGUGGUGGUUUUGUUUUUUGUGCCCUGUAUUUAUACCUAUGUACUUCCAGCAGGGAGUGAAAACAAAGAUAAGGAAAUUUCUGUGUUUUACACUGUGAUCGCCCCCAUGCUGAAUCCCCUAAUAUAUACCCUGAGGAACAUGGAGAUGAAAAAUGCCAUGCAAAAAGUUUUUGCUCAAGUGUCACUUUAAGAAAAUAAAUUAUGGGUAUAUGCCUGUGCCUUCAUUCCCUUGUUUCCUGGGCUCUUAUCUUUGGAGAGUGCUCAGAAACAGCAGUUUUUGUGGGUAGUGCUGUUGUGUAAGUCCUUGAAGUAGCUAAGUGCUGUCAUAUUGUUGUUUGCACUUUAAGUGGCUGAAGUUAACCCAGAUAUAACCAUAUGGAUUUGAAUACACAAUGUCCUUCAAAAGGUCAUCCUCUUUGCCAGACCUUUGGAUCAGUGGUAGACUGUGUGCCUAAGGUUGGAAAGACCCUGGGUUUAAGCCCCAACACCAAAAAGAAAAAGAAAUCAAGCACUUCUUUUAUGAUAUAUCUUCUGUCUACCACUUAGA